UCUCUCACUAGUCUCCCCGCCGCAGCGAGCGUCAAUCGCGAGUUGGCUAUGCGCGCGUUUUUGUCGGUAAACAAUACGUGACCUAUGACAACGCGCACGUAAGGAACUAUAGGUGCAGUGCUACGUGACAAAGCUUUUUACAGCAGGACUCGGGGUGAAUCGCCGGACGGAUUGUCUUGAGGCGACAGCAAAGCCGACAAAAUGCGUUACUGCCCUCCCAACGUGACCCUGGGCCACAUGUGGACCCGAGAGGGUCUCUCCCAGUGCUUCCUCGACACAGUGGGGCCACCCGUUCUGCUCUUCACCAUACUGGUGGGCGGGGGCUUCCAGUGGGCUGUGUACCACAAGUAUGCCACACGCCUUGACACCAGACUGCUACAUCGCAGAGGCUGCUACAAGUUCCAUACGUCGCUCAUGAUGGCGCUGGCCACAUCGUGCCUGAUCCGGCUGGCUGUGGUGUCGGGCAUUGGGGGCGCCCCUCUCGAGGGCCACCAGCUGGUCUGGGCCCUGUGCAUGGCACCCGCCUGGCUGCUGUCGGUGCUGGUGACACGGCUGGAGCGCCACUGGGCCCUGCCCAGCACGCCCACACACGGGCACGGCCUGCCGCUGCUGCUCUUCUGGGCUAUGAGUGUCAUCCACGAGGCCAUGGCAUUUCUUGGGCUGCACCACCCCUCCUGGUGGUUCCAGGUCCACUCGCGCAAGGACAUAGCCGAUGUGGCCUUCUUUGCUGCACGCUUCAUCCUCUCCGUGCUGGUGUUUGGCAUUGGCCUCAAGGGUCCUUCAGUGCCAAGUGCCCAAGACUACUUCCUUUACUCGAGGGGCCACAUUCAGGAGACGCAGCCACUCCUGGAUGAAGAAAGUGGCAGUGGCAGCCCAUUCCGGGGCUUCAAGAACAAAGUGCGUUUGCUGCUGCCUUUCCUGUGGCCCAAGCACAACUGUCGCCUGCAGUUUGUGGUGGUGCUGUGUGUUGCCCUGCUCGUGUCGGGCCGUGUCAUCAACGUCUUCAUCCCCAUGCUCAACCGACUAGUUGUGAACAGCCUGGCAGCACAAGGCACAAUCAUCUUUCCAUGGCAGGACAUCCUGCUCUACGUGUUCCUGUGGUGUCUACAAGGGCAGGGUAGCAGUAGCAUCCUGUCAAACUUGCGCUCCUACAUGUGGAUCUCGGUGCAGCAGUUCACGGUGAAGGAGGUUGAAGUUGAACUCUACUCCCAUCUACAUCACCUGUCAAUGAACUGGCACCUGGGCCGCAAAACUGGCGAGGUUCUCAAGAUCCUCGACCGAGGAACCAACAGCGUCACGUCCCUCCUCAGCUAUUUGCUGUUCAACAUCUUCCCAGCCGUGGCCGACAUUUUGGUCGCUGUCGUCUACUUCACUGUUUCUUUCAACGCCUGGUUUGGCCUGAUUGUCUUCGUCACCAUGGCCCUAUAUCUAGUGGCGACCGUUGGCAUUACUGAGUGGAGAACCAAGUUUCGGCGGGAGAUGAACCAGCUCGACAAUGCAGCCCAGGCCAGAGGAGUUGAUGCACUUCUCAAUUUUGAAACGGUUAAAUACUACAAUGCUGAAGAAUACGAAGUAUCUGGCUACAAAGAAUGCAUCGAAAAGUAUCAGGUUGCCGAAUGGCGCAGCAAUGCGUCCCUGAAUCUGCUCAACUGCUGCCAGACGGUUGUCAUUGCGGUGGGCGUGGCCGGAGGGGCGCUGCUGUGUGCACACAUGGUUGCUGGCCACGAGUCGGGCCUCAAGGUGGGCGACUAUGUGCUCUUCCUCACCUACAUCAUGCAGCUGUACACACCGCUCAAUUUCCUCGGCACCUACUACAGAAUGAUUCAGCGUUGUUUCAUUGACAUGGAGAACAUGUUUGAGCUUCUUGACACUAAGCCGGAAGUGAUAGACGCUGUGAAUGCACCAAACUUGAAGCUGAGAGAGGGCGAGAUUCGGUUCACUAACGUCUGCUUUUCGUACAACCCUGACCGGCCAAUACUUAAGAAUGUCAGCUUUGUGGUUCCAGCAGGCUGUACUGUUGCCCUCGUGGGCCCAUCGGGAUCGGGUAAGAGCACCAUAGUUCGGCUGCUGUUCCGGCUGUAUGACAUCCAGAGUGGUAGCAUCACCAUUGACGACCAGGAAAUUAGCAGGGUGAAGCAGAAGUCCUUGCGCCAGGUGAUAGGUGUGGUUCCUCAGGACACUGUACUGUUCAACAAUGACAUCAGGUAUAACAUCAGGUACGGGAGAGUCGACGCCACUGACGAGGAGGUUGAAGAUGCCGCUCGUGCCGCUGAGCUUCACGAGCAGAUCCUGGGCUUCCCUAAGGGCUACGACACGGUUGUCGGUGAGAGGGGAUUGAAGCUGUCGGGUGGAGAGAAGCAGCGUGUGGCCAUUGCCAGGUCCAUCCUCAAGGGGCCAGCCAUUAUGCUGCUGGAUGAGGCCACGUCAGCGCUGGACACACGGACUGAGCGCAACAUUCAGGCCUCUCUAGACCUGGUCUGCAGAAACAGGACAACACUCAUUGUGGCCCACAGGCUGUCAACUGUGGUUCAUGCUGAUCAAAUUCUUGUGAUCCAGGAAGGGGAGAUUGUAGAAAGUGGCCAUCAUGACGAGCUUCUUGAGUACGGCGGUAUAUAUGCCGCCAUGUGGCAGCAGCAGCAACAAGGCACUGGAAACACUGGGCCUUCGGAAGCAUCUGAUGAGGGCUUCCCUGAACCAUAGUCGCCUCUCCUUUGGCUCUUUGCCAGCCAAUUCCCUGGCUCGCCCAACGAAGUCACUUGUGUUUAUCUACUUUAUUUGUUGAACCCUAGGGUUGGGACCCAUUGUGAUUAUGUUUUUGCACUGGGGCUACAGUGCCGGCUGUAAGCCUUUGAGCACAGAUUUUAACUUCUGCGCUGAAGGGUUUCAAUGCCAGAUGUAACAUUCAUAUAUCUGCGCCAGCUACUCCUGAAGGGCGUGUGCUGUUUGCGUUUCUUUUAUUCUAGUAGUUCUUUCUUAUGCUUGUUUCACCAUUAGUUCUGAUCCUUGUGUGCAGUCAGUCAGUCAGACAAUGCUGCAGCCAUUAUCACUGCGAUAGAAUUUUAGUUAAUGUUGAGGUCGUUGUGAGGGAAUAACUGUAGGCCAAAGGACUGCUCCUGUAUCUCUUACUGAACCGUGCGGCACUCACAAGUGAUCAUGCUUGUCUUUUAGUAUACAAAGCUGUAAAUUUCUCUUCACUCUUUUCCUUCUUUAUUUAAAUUCCAUAAGGAGGUACUUAUUUAUUGUAUGCGUAAUGGUCAUUACACUUUAACCUCUUAUUGCAUUGCAAGAUGCUUAUGUUUGUCAAUAUCGGUUAAUUCAGAUUAGCAAAUAGUCAAAAGCCCUUUUUUAUCCUUUUUGUGUUAGUCUUUCUCUCCAAGUGUGGAAUGAAUGCGCAGACUUUGUGGGAGAGCUCUUUAACUACGAUUUCGCAGCAUUAAUGAUCCAUUGAAAGUUUACGCACCAUACUUUUCACUUAUUUGUUCUGCGGUGAUGUUCUUGGAGAGGGGCUCACGUCAGCAGCAUAUACGGGGCUGUGCUAUCUUUGUGCCUUUUGCUGAGCACUUCUGGUGUGCAGUGGACAGAGAGUUACUGUCCAUUGUGACUUUGUGUACAUAUAUAUAUUUUUUCAAUCUUGGAAAACAGAUGGGCAUUUCGGCUGCCUGCGUAUGGCAAGAGCCAGCAAGUGAAAAGAAAAAAAUAGUAUCUUGAUAGCUGUAUUAUCCUCGCAUGCCUUUCUAUUGUCUCUUCACGAUAUCAGAUUCUUUUGCCAGUGUUUCAUAUCCAUAUCUGGCUUGUUUUCAAGCCGCAUGGAAUGUGUGGAAGACAAAUAUUUUAUCACGUGAUUCGGUGGCCUAGUAGUCCAGAUUUCUUUGUGAAAUUGUGAGUAUAAUGUACUGCGUGCAACAGUGAGCCCUGAGCAGUUGAGUUGCUCUGAACGCACACGGGGUGAUUACUUGUAAUGCUAUGCAGUGUUGCAGUAAGGUUAAUGUUUGUUAAUUGAAGUACAUUUGCUAGUAUGUGUAACACUCAUACUUAGUGUGUAGUUAACCUCGUGAUAGCUGCAAAUGUGAUCAGUGCCUUGUAGGCACGUUUAUGUGCUUUUUGGAGUGUAGUUGAUUAUAGCUAAGCAUAGGGGACAAAUCUACUUCAUCUACCUGUCCUAUUACAGUCAACUGUCCCUGAUUCUACCUCCAUUGAACACUUAAAACUGGUUCAGUUAUCUUGUUUGGAUUAGUUUUGGUUUAAAAAGGUGUUUGAAAAUAUGCAGGCCCUUUUCGAGGGCUUUAGAACGAUACUUACUUCAAAGUAAGUUUAAAUCAAAAUAUGUAUAAGAAGUGAAACUCAGUGGUACGUGCAGAUUUACGUGCAGUGGUAUGUGCACAUGACAGUGGUCAUUUGCAUGAGAAUUCUGAAGAUGAUUAAACCAAGCUGCAGUCAUGUUUGCGCUUAAAAGUCCCCAUGGCAGCCUGUCCCAGGAAACAUGCAGACACAUUGUACAAUGUGAUUUGCCACAUGCAUUGCCUUUUAGUCGACGGGGCUAGCGAGCAAUAUGGAACUGUACUUUAAAAGAGCUUGCGAAGAAAAUUUGCUGAGAUUUCUAACAAGCAGGCUAGCUGAAGGUGCAUGUAAUCAUGACCACAUACACCAAACUACACUUAUAGCUUUUUGAUCUACUUUAAGAGCAGCUGAAACUGGUAUUGCUUGUCAUGUGGUUCCUCUUUUCCUGCUCUUGUAAUGUUCUGGCACUGGGGGUACAGUUGCCUAUUUUGUUUUGUUUAUUUUGCAACAAGUAGGCAGAAAAUCAUUUGGCUGGAUUCACUACUUUACAGAGGGUGUUCAAAGAGGUUUGGUUUCUUCAAGUGGAAAGUGUUUGCGCAAAUGUAAUGCAGGGUUAUCUUUUUUUUUUUCUUGUAAUAGGCGAUAUGCAAAGCCUGCAAGUGAGCUUCUCCACACGCCUCAUUUGAUCUAACCUAGAUGACGAACCUCUGGCUAGAAUUGGAAUUAGGGUGCCAACGUGCGGGCUGGUAACACCAUUCUUGCCGCCCUUGAUUCUCUGCAUUGUCUAAGCUUUGAAAAUGUGUCUCAGCUUCAAGAAUGUGGCCACCUUGGUUAGGGCAAGUCAUGUGUGUUGGAAAGCCCGCUUACAGAAUUUAGCAUAGCGUCCAUUCUGCUUCAGGAUGUGGGAUGCUCUAACACCAAGCAUCCACUAGUUUGCGACCGUUGUGAAAAGUUACAGGUGUACAAGAAAGCGAGAGCGUAACAAAUGGGAGAGGGCGUGAAGGUACAAUGUGGUCUGGCAACCCAAGCCGCUUCAGCAAUGUGCGCACACAUCUUGCCUCAUAGUUAAGAGCAUCCCGGUUUUACGUAGCAGAAUUGGUGAUUGAUAGUGUUGUUCCAGCCUUGUAGCAAAAUGCGCACACAUCAUGCUGUACUGAACAGUUCUAUAAUAAUAAGCCUGUAUCUGUUGCCACAUUGCCCAUCUUCAGUUUGCGGGCCAUUCUACCAUUUCUUUUAUUAUUUUCCUGGUCAUUAAAGGUCUCAUCUGGCCUCAUAGUUCACGGUCUUACUGAAGCUGAUGGGUGAUGAGCAGUUUCGUAUUCCUCACCUUGUGCUGGACAGUUCUUUAAUAAUACUUUGACUACUGUCAUGUUGCCCAUGUUUAGCUGGUGGAGCACUUGGUAUAUUUAUUUUAUUUUCACAGCCAUCAAAAGUUCUCCCAUGUCAUAUUUGUGGUUGUGUCACGUUCAUACGAAGGCUGUACUACUUGUACCAUGUGCGCAUUGUAUUUUAUAUUUCCCUCUGAUGGUGGGAUUACGUACAUGUUUUAUUACCUCUACAGGACCUGCAGCUGCUGUAUUUACUCGAAUAAAAUAACGUCUUUUUUUUUCAGGCUGACGGUUAUAAAAAAGUGUGUUGGGGUAAUGUGUUAAGUUUUGAGGAGCAUUUGAAGUUAUGCCAAUGGUUAUCAAACAUUCUGCAUAGAAGAUAGUAUUCAGAUUUGAAGAAACAUUGAAAUGCUGCAAAUAGACUUUCGAAAGUUUUAUUUGGAAAAAUAAGGGGUCGUGCUCGAAGUUUGUAGCUGAGAAAGUAUUUCACCAGUCUAAAAUAUGCUGGUAGACUUCUUGCAGCUGUGAUACACUGUUGUCUAGGCUGCCACUUGUUAUCUGGCUCGUGAGUUCAUUUAUGUGGUCAGACAGGUGGUAUCAUCAGGCCAUUUUUCUUAAUAUUUUUUUAAUGGGUCAAGGGUCAGUAUUUAGAUUCUGCCUUUUUUCCUGUAAUCAUCUAAAGCUGUGUUGUUUCACACAGCUUUAUCACCACUCAUGGUAGCCUAAGUGAGCUGAAUUGGCGUGCAUUUUCUUGCAUGCCUGAGUUAGCUUUGGUUUGCUGCCUUAUUAAAAUGUGGUUGUCAAGCCUCAGUGCCUAGGAAAUGCUACUGUAACAAAAAAUGUUCAAGCAUGUUAUCCCAUUUGAUGUUUUUAUUUUUUGCUUUUUAUAUCUUGAACAUCCACUGUUGUAGUUGUUGAUACAGCAAGCUAUGUUAGGCUAUUCACAUUCUACUUGUGAAUAUCCAGGCAUAUUUGCUUGAUGUUCUUUUUGUAUCCGUGGGGCAAGCAAGCCAGGUGCUGUUGAGAGUUUGUGUAUAUGUGCCCCUGCGAAAGGUAGAGAUUCAUGUUGUAUGUGUGUAAUAGUUUUUUGAACAAGCAGAAGGUCCUAUGUCUGUGGGAUGGAGUUAUCUGAACACAUUCAUGUUGUAUUUGUGACAUUUUUACCAUUACUGCUUGCAAUAUUUAGCAGAGUGAAUGAAGGCAAAGCCAUGAACAUAGUGUUGUGUGCUCUGCAGUGCAGGGGGCAUUUAUUAUGACUGGUAAUUGAUGUCCAAAUAAUGAUUACUGCAGGACUCAGUUUGAACAUCAUUUGCUUAUUUUGUCCUCACGACAAAAGUGUCAAGCAGUGCAAGGACAUAAAGGUUGUUUCAUCCAGCUGGAAGCAAACUUAGGAAAGAAACGGGUACUUUGUUUGUAGAUAUGACUAAUAGCAUUGUGUUCUGUGAGAUUAAGCUACUCGGAAUGGAGCUUGUUAUUUAGUUAAAUCAGCUGUCCAAAAUUUUAAAUAUUGAUUUUAUGGCGCAAGUUAUAUUUGUCAGUUGACAGUUGUAGAGCAUGUUCAGAAGCACCUAAUGCAGGUGUUUCGAACUUUUAUUUCGUUCUUUUUUUUUUUUUACUUUGAAGACAGCUCCUGAAGUACCUAAAGACAAGAUUCAUAGUGGUCUUUGAUAUCCAUGAAUGGGAAUCUGGCAUUUCUGGGCCUUUAAAUGCCCUUAAAUUAUAGUUAACUACCUAAAACUUAUUUUAUAUUAUUUUUUGCAAAUAUUAGCAGAUCUUUUUUGAAUGCCUGGCCACAAAGUUGGUACAAGCUAGUCAAGUCAGUUCAGUUUGGGUAGAAGCUCUUGGUGGAAAAUAGUGGUCAAGGUGACUAUCCGCUUGCUAAACCCUUUCCAUGUAGCCUUUAUGCAUAGUAAAAGUGCAGCUUGCUUAUUGUUGAUGCCACUGUCUUGUUUUCAGCCUUUAAAACACAAUGUUUCAUUAGUCCUUGAAAAUGCUUUGUUGGCCUUUGGAAGUCCCUAAUAAAAACCCACAGGUAAUUUGCAUGAAAACUACUACGAA